GUAUGCUAAAAUCAGUAAGCAGUUUGCAUGUUUCUGUCUUCGCCAGUGUUUAGUCUCGAUUAGUUUUCAGCGCACUUUCGUUAUUCUCCGUGUAAAUGUCGCUUGAGGAUGACCUGUCGUGUGCGGUUUGCACUGAUGUCUUCCGUGAUCCGGUGUUGUUGGGCUGUGGGCACAGUUUCUGCCGUCAGUGCAUCUAUGAUCACUGGUCUUCCAGCGGAACCAGAAACUGCCCGAUCUGUCGGCAGGUUUCACGGCAGCGCCCGGUGGCCAAUGUUAGCCUGAGAAACACCUGCGAGUCUUACCUGCUGCGGGAGCAAAACACCAGGACAGACCGCAAAGAUGAGGAUGAACAGCCGUGUCCGGUACACGGAGAGAAGAUCGAGCUCUUCUGUCAAAACGAUGAGCAGCUUUUAUGUGCGAGGUGUAGGAAAUGUGGACACGGAUGGCAUAAGACAAUGCCCUUACAACAGGCUGUACGACAACGCAGGGGAAAGCAGAAAGCAGCUCUUCGAUCCGCCGAAAAGACUUUGUUGUCAUUACAGAACGGUACAGCGCGGGAUCCCAAAAUCUCUAGGUACAUUCAGUCACAGGUUCAGGAGACGGAGAGGAAAAUAAAGGUGGAGUUUGAGAAGCUCCAUCAGUUCCUCAGAAAGGAAGAGGAGAGCAGAAUAAUGUCUCUGAAUGAAGAAGAGGACGAAAAAAGAGGAGCGAUUGACCGAUCAAUACAAGGAGAAAUACUGACCAUUUGUGACAGAAUCAAAGAGCUGAAAGCAGGAAUUGAAGACGACGACAUCAGCUUUCUGCAGAAUUAUCAGAGGAUCAUGAACAGGAGUGAGUACACACUCCCAGAACAGGAACUGAGUUCAGAAAGUCUUAUCGAUGUUUCCAAACAUCUGGGCAACUUGAAGUAUCAAGUGUGGGAGAAGAUGAAGGAAAUCUGCCCCUACUACCCGGUGAUCCUGAACCCAAACACUUCUGCACCACAGCUCUCUGUGUCAGACGAUCUGACCUCUGUGACCUCAUCAACCCAUCGACAGAACCAAACCAGCGAUCUUCCUCUGCACAGGAGCCGUGUGGUGCUGGGCAGCGUGGGAUACAGUGAUGGAGAUCACACAUGGGAGAUUGAGGUGGGAAAAAGUCGACACUGGAGCCUCGGAGUGUGUCUUGAAUUGAAGGGAAAACCCAUUACGCAACCGUUGAUCCCUGCAAAUGGCUUCUGGGGUCUCAAACGUGAGGGAUACAUGUACCACUUGAUGACCGCUGAGGCGUGUGAAAUAAACAUUAAGAGAAAUCCUGAGGUAGUGAGAGUAAAGCUUGAUUAUGUGUGUGACGACACAAUGGAAAAACAACGCUGGAGGAGGGUGAGCUUUAUUGAUGCCAGCUGUGAUGCGGUUAUUGAAAGAUUUUCUAGAGUGCCGCUGCAGCAUAAACUCUUUCCCUUUGUGAUCCCAGAAGAUCAGUCCAUCCCGCUGCGCAUCGCUCCGGCUAACAUUAUUCUGACCGUUGAAAAGAAAAUGUCCUUCAUGGAGAGACAUGAACUCUUGAUUAGGGUCUGUUUUGGUUUUGUCAUGCUUAUAAUAAUGAUUCUCUUACCGAAGAAUGAGCAGCGAGGCAAAUAAAAUAUGAGUGCAAUAGUCACACAUACUGUAAUUGUAGCUCAGAUAACUUACAGAGAAACGUGCUUUGCACCUAAAAAUGAUCCUAAAGCAUUCCCGUGUUUUAUAUACUGUAGUCAGCAUUUGAAGUGGAUCAAAACCUUUAAUCAAAGUUGUCCUACAAUGUUCGAACAACACCCGUUUCUUGUCUUAGGACAGUGGUUCUCAAACUGUGGUACGUGUACCACUAGUGGUACGCAGGCUUCCUUCUAGUGGUACGCGGAAGAAUGAACACAUUUCAAAAUGUAUUAAAAAUGAUGUAUAUAAUAUGCCAUAUAUGACAUAUAGCCUGUAUUUCUGAGGUAAUCUGCCACGUUUUUUUAACUGUGCAGAGUUGUAGCUGCUUUACUGGGUCUACUACGCUACUGUAUUUCAAUACUGCUCAUUUUGAUGGUACUUGGAAAGACAUUUUUUCUGGGGUGGUACUUGAUGAAAAAAGUUUUAGGACCCCUGUCUUAGGACAAUUUAGGAAAAACUUUUUGAUGUUGAUGACUGUAUGUGAUCACAUAUGUGGUGUCACUAUUACAAGGCCUUCAUUCAUUCAUUUCCCUUUGGCGACCCCUGAAUAGGGAUGCGACGGUUAACCGAUUUCACUAUUAACCGCGAUUUACUUUGUCACGGUUAAUUAAUCGUAAAGGCUUCUCAACACCGUGUUCUUGCACGGAACAAAACUGCAGCAACUAAGCAAAGUUAUGCCCACGGUGAGCUAGUUUGUACAUCGAGACUAAUAACCACACUGGACUAACUAUGACUGAGGCUAUUAACUAAGGCAUGCUCGUUGAAGUUCGUUAUUUCCAAUGGAGGGAUGUGCACGCAACGCGUUCACGCUUUUCAGGUGCACCUAAUUGCGAUGACAAGGGGGCUUUUGUGACCGGGGAACUGCAUACGGCUGAAGUUUGAGGAGGAAGGAGUGGAAAGUACACCCACUUUAACCCACUUACAAAUAAUGGCGCCGAUGAGAGCGAUCAUGUGGCGAGUGUUGAUCCACCAGCUGAGAUCAAUUGAGUGUUUUCAGAGAGAUUGCUUAAAGACUCAAGCCUGUUUCACUACGCAAGCGUGAGAAGCUAGUGUUUUUUUUUGGCCUCCAUGUUAACAGAUUAGAGCUUUCAUACUUCACACAGCAGCACGUCAGCGUGAGCAUCACUGAAGCUGCAGUGCCGUGACAGUUUUGGCGUUGGUCUAUUUUUGCUGUGCUGCACGCGCUCAAUUAAAGUGGUAAUGCAUUGAUAAUGACCAAAAACAAAUUGAAUGACAGUAAAAGUAGCAAUUUUACCCUAUAAAUGCAUCAAUAAUAAUAAUAAUAAUAUUCACUGAUAUUUAUAUAGUCAAUCAAAUGAACUUUAAAAACGUCAACAAAUAUUUAUUUAGGCCUGAACUACAAAUACAAAUUUAAAAUAAUUUUAAACUAGCGGGGUUUUGAAAUCAAUGAAUGCAAAUAAUCGAGAUAACCAUAAAACUGUGAUUAUUUCUUAGACUAUAAUCGUAUACCCAAAAUUUAUAAUUGCAUCCCUAUCCCUGAUGAACCGCCAACUAUUCCGGCAUAUGUUUUACACAGUGGAUGCCCCUCCAGCUGCAGCUCAGUACUGUCAAACAUUACAGGGCAGUUUCAGUCUAAUCCUGUCUUCUGUUCAGUUUUCACAUUGUGUUGGAGGAGGGACUUUGUUUUCACAGAACUAAAAUAAAAUCAAGCUGUUAAUUUUUGUUCUUAGUUCACUUAAAAAGGACAAAUAAAUAUCUAUAAC